AUGGAGCCUCUCUCGAUUAUUGGUGGUAUAGUAGCAAUAGCGGAAGCUGCAGGAGCAGUAGCUAAAUGCGCUGAUGGUUUAUACCGGAUAUCAUACAAGGCUGGAGUCCUUGCCGAAGACGUCGAGUUAUUUGCUUCUCACGUCCAUGUGUUUGGAUCCACUAUCUUCAAUGCACAUCGCACCAUCAGAGAUCAUUACCUGAACGACAUGACGUCAACAACGAUACAAAAACUUCAUAAAUCCUUUGCCUUAGACUUAUUGACCUUCCAAUGCGAUUGCGUGACGAAGCGUGUCAGCAGUCUCCAAGAGCGAGUGAACGAUCACAAUGGACCCCUAGGUCUUUGGAUGCGAGUUCUAUGGCUCUUGGACAAGGAAAAACGGAACGACAUAUAUCUCUCGAUGGAGAGAAUCAAGCUGUCUUUUCUACUGAUUAUGAGUCAAGUUAUGUAUGAGAUUUUAGAACAACGUGCCUUAAGCCCAUCUCCUCUGGAGCGACAGCUUUGUGAUUUCAGAAGGGAAAUGAAGGAAUGCAGGAAGCAAAUCCGGUCGCAUAUGAAAAUCAUGCAUGUAUGCAAAAUUCGACAGGAGAGACUUAAUUACCACGACUCACUGCGCUACGACGAAGGCCAUGAUGCCGCAAUUGACAAUAUCGAGAAUGUGCUUCUCGACAUUGGGAGCGUCAUGGUAGAUAGAGCAUCAAAAAGAGCAUCGCGAAGAACGGAUAUUAUUUCCACCACCACUGGCAGGCGCUCAAGCGACAAAGUUGUAGAUCAUGGAGGAGGGAGCAACUUCAGCCCUGCAAGCGGAACAAGCCACCUCACAACGCGUCAGUCUCCACUACAGGAGCCAAGUGGUGAAUCUCUUCGCCUUACGUCAAACCAGCCUAUUGCUAUCCAUCCUCGAGAUGCGCAGCGGCAUGGCCAUUCACCGCCCACUGCGGAGUCGUCGUCUUCAAGCCUAGGAUCUUCGAGCAUCAGGAUCCAAGACGACCCCCAGCCCGAUAGAGCGCUACAUUUGGAUGAAGGUGAUUACAUCGCGGUCCAAGCUUCUAGCCGCCUCCUCUACUUAGAUCCAGAUCUCGAUUAUCCAGUAACCCAGGGCUACAUUAACUCCAACAUUGAACCGACAAAUGCGAAUCUAAAUCCAGAGUUCCCUCAAAACGUCAUCUCUGAGCGCUAUGCGACAGAACUUGGGCUAGCGAUAGAAUAUUCUCAAAGGGACAAUGAGGAUCGUACAGAUGCUGAAGCGGGAGACAAGGAUAUAGAAAUGGAGAUUGACUUCGGUAAUGGUGAGGUGCAUUCGGUUAUAGGCAGGACAUCAUUUUUAUGGAAGAACAGUCAGCAAGUAAGCCACUUGAGACCACUCAGAGUUACUUUGUCUAGUGAGCGAAUCCAUGUCGUUCCAGACCCCGUUGGUUUUUGGGGAGCCGUUCCUUAG